AGCAGUGUAACCCCUUUCGGCUGCCUCUCUCUCUCUUUACCUUUACACGUCGCCUCUUCCUCUUCCUCUUCUCGUCGCCAUUACUUUCUUAACUUUGUAGACUGCGUUGAUCGCAUCCAACUUCGACUCUUUCGCACUCGUCGUCCUUUACUACUAUCGCCGAUUUCGCAUCGCAUUGCACACGUGCCGAUAAUACACCAUGGCGCAAACAUCAACAGUCAGCCAGGUCCUUCCUCUUAUUAUCGUCUUCGCCCUCCUCGGCGUAGGCGGCUGGGUUGGCUACCAAGUCUACAUCAGCGUCGCCAAGAUGUCCGACGUCGCCUCGGAGCGCAUGGGCAAGAAGAAUGUCGUAUUCACAAAGGAUGGAGUCAAGGUUGGCGUCAAGCAGGUCAAGACCGAGAAUUAUGUCGACGCGACACAGAGCUGGUUCGUCAAGGCGUGGAAUCUAGGCACAGCCCAAGAUGGUAGCCAAGCCAAGAAACGAAAGUAAAAGCUGGCCGCUGGUCCAUCGCGAGAUUUAUACAUGAGGUUAAAAUUAUCAUUAUUGGGGUAAACGGGAGCACGCACGAAUUGCUAGGACUUUAUGGGAGCUGGUUUUGUUCUCGACAUGGUCUUCUGAGCACCAUUCAUGUUAUGCCAGAUAUUCAAUUGCAACUCUUAUUUCUUUUUC